AUGAAAUAAAAAUCCCAACUGAAAAAGAAAAAAUAAAUAAAUAAAUCAUAAUCCUUCAAUAAAAAUCUCACAAAUAUCGAAAGAUGUGAAUACGAAAAGAGAUAGAAGGAAAAUGAAAUAUUUAUAAAUAAAUACAUCCAUCAAAUCCCGGACCACGCCCGCCAUCCCAAUUCAUUUCAAUAUGAUUUUCAUAUAACAAUUUGA